UAUCCAAAAGUCCUGAAGAAAAGAAACCAGCAGUUCCAUCACACAGCAAGAGAAGACCAAAAAUAUGUGGACCACGACAUGGUGAGACAAAAGAAAAAGAAAUAGACUGGGGAAAGCGCUGUGUGGAUAAAUUUGAUAUCAUUGGUAUUAUUGGUGAAGGCACUUAUGGGCAAGUUUACAAAGCCAGAGACAAAGACACAGGGGAGAUGGUGGCCCUGAAGAAAGUUCGUCUGGAUAAUGAGAAGGAAGGGUUUCCAAUUACAGCCAUUCGGGAGAUUAAGAUCCUCCGACAGCUUAAUCACCAAAGCAUUAUCAACAUGAAGGAGAUAGUGACAGAUAAGGAAGAUGCUUUGGACUUCAAGAAGGACAAAGGUGCAUUUUACCUGGUAUUUGAAUAUAUGGACCAUGACUUGAUGGGACUGCUAGAAUCUGGUUUGGUUCAUUUUAAUGAAAAUCAUAUUAAAUCUUUUAUGAGACAGCUGAUGGAAGGCUUGGCCUAUUGUCAUAAGAAGAACUUUUUGCACAGAGAUAUCAAGUGUUCAAAUAUUCUACUAAAUAAUAGAGGGCAGAUAAAGCUUGCAGAUUUUGGGCUUGCUCGGCUGUACAACUCUGAAGAGAGCCGACCAUAUACCAACAAAGUUAUUACAUUAUGGUAUCGGCCUCCUGAACUUCUGCUUGGAGAAGAAAGGUACACGCCAGCUAUCGAUGUCUGGAGCUGUGGCUGCAUCCUGGGUGAACUUUUUACAAAAAAGCCAAUAUUUCAAGCAAAUCAAGAACUUGCUCAACUGGAACUUAUAAGCCGAAUUUGUGGGAGUCCUUGUCCAGCAGUGUGGCCUGAUGUUAUAAAAUUAGCUUAUUUCAACACAAUGAAACCAAAGAAGCAGUAUCGUCGAAAGCUGAGAGAAGAGUUUGCUUUCAUCCCCCCUGCUGCACUCGAUUUGUUCGAUUACAUGCUUGCUCUGGACCCCAGCAAGCGCUGCACGGCCGAGCAGGCGCUUCAGUGCGAGUUCCUGCGAGACGUGGAGCCCGCCAAAAUGCCUCCCCCAGACCUUCCUUUGUGGCAGGAUUGCCAUGAGCUGUGGAGUAAGAAGCGCAGAAGACAGAAGCAGAUGGGCAUGACUGAUGACUCAACAGCAGCUAAAGUCCCUAGGAAGGAUCUGUCUCUAGGCAUGGAUGAGAGCAGAACCAACACCCCACAAGGCAUGCAAACUUCUUCCCAACUCAAAACUCAGGGCAGCUCUAGUGUAGCACUUGCAAAAACAAGCACUGGACAGCAGUUAAACCAGAAUGAAGUGGCAAUCCUGCUAAACCUGCUACAGUCUAAAACAAGCGUUAGUUUGGCACAGUUUGCCCAAAUGUUGAAUAUUAAGGUAAACCCAGAGACUCAGCAGCAACUAAAUAAAAUAAAUCUUCCUGCUGGAAUUUUGUCAGCAGGUGAAAAACAGUCAGAACAGCAGCAGCAGCCGCCGCCUCCACCACUGCCGCCGGAGCAGGAGCCCCUAAAACAGCCACCGGCCACGCAGCCUCCUGUGCCACCUGCUCAGCUGGGUCAGCCCAAAGCUGAGGCGGACGCUGCCCAGGCAGCUGUACAGAGUGCUUUUGCUGUUCUCUUGUCCCAGUUAAUAAAGGCUCAACAAACAAAGCAAAAAGAUUUUGCCUCGGAGGAGAAGGAAAACGGAUCAGGCACUGAAGCGUCGCUACCGCUGCGGCAGCCUCCGGAGCCCAGCACUCCUGCCUCUGUCAGCCGGGAGGACGUGGAGUCGCCAGCACCCGGCUACCCGCACCUCAUCAAGUCACUGUACACGUCUGCAGGUCCAGAGGAUUUGGUCAGGCAGUCGGAGAUGAGGCUCCUGAGCCGAACGCCCGAGCAGGAGCGCCCGCGGAUCUUGCCCCCAGACCAGCG